AUGACCCAAAAAGAAUACAGCAGCGUACCUUUUCGGUACCAAACAUAUUUAGGUAUGGGAUCCCAGAAAAGCUUGGACUUUGUUUCCGAAGAUCUCUAUGUCAAACGAAAUGCUAAAACUCCAGAGCGCUAUUUUACUAUGGAUGAAGUACAACAGCACAAUUCGAAGACUGAUUGCUGGGUGGUCGUUGAUGGAAAGGUCUACGAUGUGACAGCAUGGGUGCCGCGCCACCCUGGAGGCGAGCUGUUGAUAUUGGACGUUGCUGGAGUGGAUAUCACUGACCCUUUUCUGGUUAAUCAUUUACCUUUUGUUCGGGAGAAGCUGCUGCCGAAAUUUCAAAUUGGUUAUGUUUCUGAUUAUAAAGUUUGUGAAAAAUCGAAGAGUUUUCGUGAAUUUGCCAAGAUGGUUGAACAGAACAGCUGGUAUCAAACCGAUUAUGUUUUCUAUGCCAAGCUGUUCGCAUGGGUGAUGGAUAGCAAGGAGGAAAAGCCACUGGAGAAGACUGAUUUUUUGACCCAACAAAUCGAUACAUGUCUCGAUAUCGAUUGUUUCCCCAUGAACGACUGGUUCUUCGGUGGCCUGCAGUUUCAAACUGCCCAUCAUGUACGUCAUGAAUGUCUUGCUAAAUUGGCACGGUUAUUCGUUGCAGCUCCUUCCUUUGCUCCCGCGCCACAACCUUCGAAGUAUUACGCCAUUUGUUGA